AUGCAGCCACUCAGUUGGAGACUUUUUCUAUUUGCAUGCCUGUUUCUGGAGAGCUGGUCUCAAGACUUUGGCGCACAGACGCAGUUCAUAUGCACGUCUGUGCCAAAGGAUAUGGACAUUUGUGCAGCCACUUUGCAGAACAGUGUGCCAGGGGACGACCUGAAGACCACCGUGCUGCAGCUGCGGGAGUCGGUCCUGCAGCAGAAGGAGACCAUCAUGAACCAGAAGGAGACCAUCAGAGAGCUGACUUCUAAGCUGGCUCGGUGUGAGAGCCAGAGUGGUGCAGAGCCCGGGGGCAGGAGGAAAGACCCCGGGAGCAAAAACACCAUGGGGGACGUGUCCAGGGGCCCAGCCGACACUCUGACGCAACUGUCCCAGACUUUACAGUCCCUGAAGCAGAGGCUGGAGAACCUGGAGCAAUUCAGCAGAAGUAACAACUCGGUGCAGGCGAACAGCCUCAAAGACCUGCUCCAGAGUAAAAUAGAUGACCUGGAGAAGCAGGUGUUGUCCCGAGUGAACAGCAUCGAGGAGGGGAAGCCCGGACUCCGGAACGAGACGGAGCAGCGUGGGAGGGUGGAGUCCACCCUCACAUCUCUCCACCAGAGGAUCACCGACCUGGAGAAAGGUCAAAGAGAGAACCGGCCUCUGGAUAAGUUCCAGCUCACGUUUCCUCUGAGAACCAACUACAUGUACGCAAAAGUGAAGAAGAGUUUGCCGGAGAUGUACGCCCUCACUGUGUGCAUGUGGCUCAAGUCCAACGCGUCUCCGGGAGUGGGCACUCCUUUCUCCUACGCAGUUCCGGGUCAGGCCAACGAGCUGGUGCUCAUAGAGUGGGGCAACAAGCCGAUGGAGAUACUCAUAAAUGACAAGGUCGCUAAGCUGCCUUUUCUCAUCAAUGACGGGAAGUGGCAUCAUAUCUGCGUGACCUGGACCACUCGGGACGGUGUUUGGGAAGCUUUCCAAGAUGGCGUCAAGAGAGGGAAUGGAGAGAAUCUGGCUCCAUAUCAUCCCAUCAAACCACAGGGCCUGCUGAUCCUCGGUCAAGAGCAGGACACACUCGGAGGAGGAUUUGACGCCACACAAGCUUUUGUUGGAGACCUGGCAAACUUUCACAUCUGGGAUCGGAAACUAUCUGUGGGAGAGAUAUACAAUCUAGCCACGUGCAGCAGCAAAGCGCAAGUGGGCAACGUGUUUGCGUGGAUGGAGACGAGCCUUGACAUUUACGGAGGUGUCUCCAAGUGGACAUUUGAGGCUUGUCGCCAGCUCAACUGAACUGCAGGGAAGAGGAAGAUCGAUGCGUCUGUUAAAGCCACUCCGUCGUCACGGCCUCGGUAAACUGAUGAGAAGAUCAGGAUUAUUUCAAUGAAUAGCAUCUGGAUUUGUUAUAGAUAUUUGAAAACAUCAUUUGUGGACACUUGAUAGAUUUUUACCAGAUACUCAUGUGGGACAGUUCACUGCAAAUGGACACUUUGGCAUCCUGUGGCGCUUGAACGCACCAUCAGGCCUACUCGUUGUUUAGGAAAAAGCCGACGCUGACGCUCCAGAGAGCAGAGGACGCUCUCGGGGACAGAAAUGUGAGGCCGGCAUCAAAAGUACAGUAGGAGGUCAUGUAGUUUUAGCCAAAAGAUGUCACGCAAUUCAGCCAAACAACAGACUUCUUCAAACGUCUUUUUCUGUCUCGACUGCCAGGGUUUUUCACUGUGAACAAGGACAAGGUGGACUCCUUUAAAAGGAACGUUCUCUUCAGGAGGCCGUGAAAUAGACGACUUUGCUUCUCUCUCACUAUUCUUUCUCUACCACCACCUGCUUGACGUGAUUUCGUGUAAAGAAUGACAAAUUUAUUGCCAACAUUCGAGCCUGAGUGCCU